AUGCGAAAUAAUGAUAAAACUAAACUACAUGAAAAUCUUAAACAAGAAAUUCGUUCAUUAUUAAUUAGUUCACCAAAAACUAAAUAUGGAGGAUUAUCAGGUUCAUUAUUAUAUUCCGAUUAUAAAAAAUUAAAUUCUGGUAAAGAAAUACCAUAUGGUGAACUUGGUUUUCAUUCAUUUUUGGCUUUAUUACGUUCAAUGCCUGAUGUUGUUAGAAUUGAAUAUAAAGAAAAUAGUCCAUCAUAUCGUGUUCAUCCAGUAUAUGAUGAAACAACAGCACAUAUUCAAAAAAUGGUAUUUGAACAACGUGAUAAAUAUGAAUAUCAAAAUCAACUGUACAGUCAAAAUUGGUAUUCAAAUAAUGACAUAAAACAAAAUAAAUUAAUUUCAUUAAAUUUUUAUAAUAAUAGACAACGACCAUUUUUAUAUAAUACUUUUUCUCGUUAUACAUUAAACAAUUAUGGAUCCCAUUUUUCGGUAUAUAUAUUAAUUAUUCAACUAAAUAAUAAUUUUCAUCCUAAUAGUAAAAAUUUCUUCAGACGAUCUUCUAUUCCACAAAAAUUAUUUAUAUCAAAUGAAGGACGAAAACAAUUUUCUUUUCAACCAUAUUUACUUGUAACAUCAACUGAUGAUGAUGAUAAAAAAAUCAAUUUUCAAUCUAUUAAUAAAUUAACAUCGAUUAAUAAUCAUAAAAACGAACAAGAAGAAACACCUCCUAAUUUUGAUCUUAAUGAUUAUCAUUUAAGUGAAUCAAUCGAACAAGAUACUGACGAACAAACGAAUAAUAAUUCAACAAUCAAUCAUCAAAUUGAAGAUCAAUCGAAUAGUUCAGAAUAUUCUGUUCAAUCAACAUUAUCAAUUAUAAAAGAAGAAAAAUCCUCAUUAAAUAAAGAAUUAUUUUUUGAAAUUUCUCAUUAUGAUGAACAAGAAAAAUGUAAAAUUGAUGAAAAUCGAAAAUUAAUAAAACGAAUAAAUAAUGCACUACGACAAUGUAUUCAUUUUCGUUAUAUUCAUCGAUUAUAUGAACUUAAAUUUGAAUAUCGUGAUUAUCCAUCAUCAAUUGAAAUAACAUUAAUAAAAUCUAAACUUGAAAAAAAAGCUUUUAAUAAAUAUCAACAAGAAUUAGAAGAAUUUGAAAAAAUAUCACAAUUAAAUACAUUAAUUGAUGAUCAAAUAUGUCAAACAAUGUUUGAUGAAUACAUUUAUUUACAACGACAUUAUUAUUAUAUGACUAGAUUAAUGAGAAAAAAAACAAACUAA